GAAACCCGAGAGCGCUGGGCCCGCGAAAGCUGGGGCGUCGGCGACGCGGCGGGGACCGCGGCUCCCGGGACCAGAGCGCCAUGUCUUUCCGCGACCUGCGCAAUUUCACAGAGAUGAUGAGGGCCCUAGGAUACCCACGACAUAUUUCUAUGGAGAAUUUUCGCACACCCAAUUUUGGACUUGUUUCUGAAGUGCUUCUCUGGCUUGUGAAAAGGUAUGAGCCUCAAACUGACAUCCCUUCAGACAUUGAUACUGAGCAAGACCGAGUUUUCUUCAUUAAGGCAAUUGCCCAGUUCAUGGCCACAAAGGCGCAUAUAAAACUCAAUACCAAGAAGCUCUACCAGGCAGAUGGGUAUGCGGUGAAAGAACUAUUGAAGAUCACAUCUGUGCUUUAUAAUGCUAUGAAGAGCAAAGGGAUGGAAGGCUCUAAAAUAGGAGAGGAAGACGUCAGCAAGUUCAAGUUUGAUCUAGGCUCCAAGAUCUCAGAUUUGAAAGCAGCCAGGCAGCUGGCUUCGGAAAUCACCGCCAAAGGAGCAUCUUUGUAUGACUUGUUGGGAAAGGAGGUCGAGUUGAGGGAACUGAGAACUGAAGCCAUUGCCAGGCCGCUGGAAAUCAACGAGACUGAGAAAGUGAUGAGAAUUGCAAUAAAAGAGGUUUUGGCACAGAUUCAGAAGACUAAGGACUUGCUCAAUAAUGUGGCAUCUGAUGAAGCUAACUUAGAAGCCAAAAUUGAAAAGAGAAAACUAGAACUGGAAAGAAAUCGGAAGCGACUACAGACCCUGCAGAGCGUCAGGCCUGCCUUUAUGGAUGAGUAUGAGAAGAUUGAGGAAGAAUUACAAAAGCAGUAUGACAUUUAUCUGGAGAAAUUUCGGAAUUUGGCUUACCUGGAACAGCAACUGGAGGACCACCAUAGGAUGGAGCAAGAGAGGUUUGAAGAGGCUGAAAAUACUCUCCGUCUGAUGCAGAACAAGCUAAAGGAAGAGGAAAAGCGGCUUCUCAAGAGUGGAAGUAACGAUGACUCAGACAUAGACAUCCAGGAGGAUGAUGAGUCUGACAGUGAGUUGGAGGAAAGACGGCUGUCCAAGCCAAGGACCGCCAUGGAGGUGCUCAUGCAAGGAAGACCCAGCAAGCGCAUUGUGGGCACAAUGCAAGGUGGAGACUCGGAUGAUGAUGAAGAUUCGGAGGACAGUGAAAUUGACAUGGAAGAUGACGAAGAAGACGAUGAUGACUUAGAAGAUGAGAGCAUUGCUCUCUCACCAACUAAGCCCAAUCGAAGAGUCCGGAAACCCGAGCCCCUGGAUGAAAGUGAUAAUGACUUCUGACUUGCCAAGGGACCCAGGCAGAUUGAGAGCCUCAAACUUGUAGAUAAAUGGUAAGCCAGAAGGCUGGGAAGGUAACAGGUUCUGUGUUCACUUCGCUACACCAUUGGUGUGAAAGAAGAUUUCUUUCUGCUUUACCUUCCUGUUUGUACUCUGAAGCAUAAAUGAGAACUGAAGCAAACCACAAAGAUGAUUUCCUUUUGCCUUCUUUUUCUCUUAAUACUUGGGAAAUGCAUGGGUGUUAAGUGACUUAAAUCCACGGGACAAAAGCUUAAAGUGAAAUAUGGGAAGACACAACA